UCAGACUCAGCUCUUUCAUAUAAGCAAUCGCAAAACAGAAGACCAAACAGAGGAGAUUAGGUUUUUUUCAACUUACGAAAUGGCAACGGCCGGACGUAUAAGAUCGAGUCUGUCUCUCUUCAGCAAAGUUAUCAGAUCCGAUUCUGUCGCUUCUCAGCGAUACAUUCUUCAUCCGCAGUUGUCGAAGAAUUUUGCAACGGUCCCAGGGCAAAAGGAGGAGAAAGUUAAGGUGCCUAUGGCCUUGUUUGGGGGAACUGGAAACUAUGCCUCUGCAUUGUUCCUUGCAGCAGUGAAAGCUAAUUCCCUUGAGAAAGUUGAGACUGAGCUUCUUGAUCUUGUUGAGGCUUCAAAGAGAGCUCCUACAUUUUUUCAAUUCAUGAAGGACUUGGCUGUGCCUGCAGAUAUAAGAGUUAAGGCCAUUAAUGAUAUCUGCGCUCAAGCUAAAUAUUCAGAGACUACAAAGAACUUCUUGGUUGUAUUGGCUGAGAAUGAGAGGCUGAGGUAUGUAGACAGCAUUGCAGAGAGAUUUGUGGAGUUGACUAUGGCACAUAAGGGAGAAGUGAAAGUAAUUGUCACAACUGUCAUUCCUCUCCCCCCAGAAGAGGAGAAAGAUUUGAAAGAAACACUGCAAGAUAUACUUGGAAUAGGGAAGAAGGCUAAGGUUGAACAAAAGAUUGAUCCAAGCAUUCUUGGUGGACUCGUGGUAGAGUUUGGGCAAAAGGUGUUUGACAUGUCCAUUAAGACUAGGGCACGACAAAUGGAGAGGUUCCUGCGUGAACCUGCUAACUUUGGCAUCAUCUAAGGCGCCAGUCACCCAAGCACUAGAUUUUCAAGUUACUUCUGCAUAAUUUGGGAUGCUCCAAGAAGAAAAAAAAUUACUUAUAUUCUUGUUUGAUUCUGUUUGAUCAUGCUCUGCCUUUUCAUGUGAUGGAAUGCAUCCAUUGGAAAAUAAAAGUUACUUUUGCCUUUCA